AUGCGAUGGUUUUUGCUACUUCAGUAGGUAUAUAAUGUUACAUAAGAAAUUCUUUAACAGAUAAACUUUUUUGUCUGGCUACGAAUACGUACAGUACGUAAGACUGGUUUAUAAAUAUAAAUAAAAGAAAUGUAACUAACAAUUUAAUGUACCUAGUACCACAAUUUUUAAACUUAUAAAUACAGAGCGAUUCAUUUACGAAUAUGGUUUAGAUAACACAUUCGCUAUGGCAAUGGAUUAGUGACAGCAGGAUGUUAUGUAAUACCCCUCUAUCUAUUUACACAGCUAUGUAGGGAGGAAUUUGUUGAUUGUUCUCUAGACAUUAAAGAAUCAAAAUCAGAGGAAGUUGUGCGAUAAAUUUUUGCACCUACGCUGACUAAUCGUUGAGAACAAUCAAAAACAAUGAAUUUGUCAUUCCGCUGACGUCAUGUAUGAAAACGAAAUCCCUCGCUUGCGUUUUAUUCUGAAAAAAAGUUUGAUCGUUUAAAGGAUGAUGACGAUGACUCAUCUUGAGAGCGGACGAAUUUAUCAUCAGCACUUGCAGACACGAUCACAGCUUCGUCGGGCACAAGGCUCAACAAACUAGAGAGAAGAUUGAAUCCUUGACAUCAUGACCCACGCAGGGGAGAAAGUUUUUUAAGAAAAGGGCUAAUAUUUAUUUAACAAUCUUGUAUGGAAGCGCUAGAGACAUCGAUCAAUUAUUGGGAAGAUGCUUUGGCCGCGUAUCGUUCUCAAGAAACGAGUGGUGAUGGUGCUUUGGCCGUUCUAGGCCCUGAAGAGACUGCUUUUUGUAAAGAUCUCCAACAACUUUUAGAGAGCGCUCUCGAACUGCAAGAGAAAUCGGAAUUGCUGUUUUUAGACGAAAGGUCCGUUUUGUUCAAAGCCGGAAGCGGUACGCAUCCAUCGGAUCCCGGAGUCGAAACCGNCGAAAAAAUGUUGAUAUUCCUCAGCGAACAUGGAAAUUGGAGGAUCCUAGAAGAGGAACUUAGCGCCAAGGGCGUAAAAGCUUUAACGUUUUACGACGUCGUUUUGGAUUACAUCCUCAUGGACGCCUUCGAGGACCUGGAGGCGCCUCCGUCGUCCGUCACGGCGGUAGUACAAAACCGAUGGCUAUCGAACGGUUUCAAAGAGACCGCUCUCACUACCGCCGUAUGGUCCGUUCUGAAAGCCAAACGGCGAAUGUUAAAAUUCCCUAAUGGUUUCAUGGCUCAUUUUUAUACAUUGUCGGAACAAUUGUCGCCCUUGUUCGCAUGGGGUUUCCUAGGUCCAGACGAAAACCUGAAAGACAUCUGUAUGUACUUCAAGGAACAAGUUUUAGGCUUUCUGUCGGAUAUUUUCAAUUUUCAAAAGUGUAAAUUCACAACAGAAGAAGAACUGGCUUCGGACGUCUUAAUACAUGUUAAAAAAAGGGCAGAAAAUGUUUGUCGGAGAUUUUAUGUGCAAGCUUAGGAAACAUUAUUAAGUGAAGAAAAACGAAAGUAUUGACAGGUAAAAAAAAACAGUUCAUUUUCUUACAAUUAAAGAAAAAUUACGAGUUACGAAUAUUAGUUUUUGCGAAUUUUCUUUUGCCAAACGAUUGCUUAUUAUGUGCUCAUUUAGAAUCAAUAAUUAAAAGGUGAUAAAUAUUAGUUUUUACUCAUUUCUUCUUCUCAAUAUUACGCAUAUGUUGAACUUUAAGUUAAGUUGCCUUGGUUUGAAGUUUACAAAUUUUUCCAACCAUUUUUCAUUUUAAAGUCACUUGUAUUAUUAUGAGUGAGACUCAGGUAUAUUCAGUAACGCUCGUUGGGUUGCCUAAGCACUAUACCUUUGCUUUUUAUUAUAAAUCAUUAAUUACUUUAUUGAGCUUUAUUAAACAAUUCGAGAACAAUUUUCUGAUGCCAAUCGACCUUAUUAAAAUUUUUUGCGAAAUUUGAUAACGCAAAUUACAGUUUUAUUUAAAUUAAAUUUAAAUUUUUGAUUUAAAUUAAGCAAUUGCUCGACAACAGAAAAAAUGUGAAAACUAAUAUUCAUAACUAUCACUUCCUGCGGUCGCAAUAUACGUGUGUACUGCAGUUAUUGUUUUUUUACGGCUAUUACAGUCAAGUUCCAGAUGCUACUAUUGUUAAAAUUGGGUAUUGAUUUAAAUGCGCAUAUUUAUCGUAGGUAUAAUAUAAAGUGAUAGUAUUUUACGAAUGACGUAACAGCGUGAAGCAACUUUAAUUAUUAUAUUAACAAAUACAUAUUUAUUUAUCGUGUUCUUCUCAAUUAGAGCAUUCCAGUUAUUUUCAAUGCGUAUUAAUUUCAUACGCAUGCACCACCUCAACUUUUUAAAUCGUUAAAAAAAAGUUCAGAAAAAUCAUUACGUUUAUUAGAUGUUCUUUUAAAUACAUAAAGUAUAUAAGUUAUGCGUAUACGUAGCAGUCAAUCAACGUAUUUUUGUUGUUUUUGUAGACUUUUUAGGCGACUAUUUAAGAUGUAUAAAUGUUAUACAGUACGAAUGUGCAUAUUAAAGUAUACUAUAUAUAUU